AUGUCACGACACUCGCUCCUCGCCCGGCAGGCCAUUCUGUCCAACUUCUUCAAUGCCACCACCAGAAUGCACGACCAACUCGCGGCCAUCGAGAGCCCCAGCGACUCCACUUUCGGCCCCAGCAGUGACACCAGCUCUGCACCCUCUUGUGACCUGGAAGAAGACCCCGACCGUUUGAUGCCUCCGCCAAAAACCGUGGUUGGACGGGCUCUUGGCACCAACGCAGCGACAGGUGGCUUUUCCAGCGCUGCAGCGCCGGCGGGUGCUGGUAAUGCCCUGGCCGACACGCCGAUAUCCACCGCUCCCCCGUCGCCUCAAAUUCAUCCCUUCAUCUCUGGCACGUCGACUCCAAGCAAGCCGCGUGCCACCACCCUUGAUAUCCCCGGCCUGACCAAAUCCAAGGUCUCUCCCGAUGGCCGUAUCGCUCAGCGUGAUGUCGGCUCUAAGCUGGUCAUCGUUAUGGUGGGCCUGCCUGCCAGAGGCAAGAGCUAUAUCACGAAGAAGCUCUCCCGAUAUCUGAACUGGCUGCAGCACGACACCAGAAUCUUCAAUGUCGGAGAGCGUCGCCGUGUUGCUGCCAGUAGCGGGCCAGCCGACGGUGCAAAACACGAGCAAGAAAAUGAUCAUCACAAUUCCCAGAAUGCACCUGAAAACAGCUCUCAAGACGCCUUUAAAAACGACGCUGAACAAGAGCCUCAACCAGAAGCAAACAAGAUUAUUCAAAAUGAAAGCAAAAGCAACAAUGCUAGCAAACAGGACGCUGUAGGGGAGCUGCAUAAUGAGACUCAGGAUAUUCCAGUCAUCACGCUCCAAGACACCGAUGAAAACACGAUCAAAGAAGGCUUGAAGGCGCCGGCUUCUGUUGAAGAUGAGCUGAGAGAUUCAGUUCGCUCAGUUGUCGAUGAUGCCAAUUACACGCAAACCCCAGAAGUUCGUCGCCAGGUCGAAGCUACUGUAGCUAUUCCGGCUGCCAGAAUUCUGAUGGGUGGCAAGGCUCUAGAAGAUCCACGAAAGGGAUUACAAUCUGCAAGCCCAAUGACUGAUCUGCCUUCCACACCCGCUGAAACAAUCUCAGCUACCACAAACACCGAUAAAGAGAACAAAGCGGCGACCGCAAAGACUGAAGGCCAAGAACACGAAGUGAUGGACCAAUCUGCUGGCUUUUUCGAUCCCGAUAACGAACGCGCAUUGCAGAUUAGGGAAAGACUUGCCCUUCAAACCUUGGAUGAACUUCUUGAUUACAUUCUUGAGCAGGGUGGCAGUGUCGGUAUUCUUGAUGCAACUAACAGCACCCUGAAGCGCCGCAAGGCAAUUAUGCAGUAUAUCCGUGCCCGAGCUGGACCGGACUUGAACAUUCUAUUUGUCGAAAGCCAGUGUCUUGACCAAAAUCUAUUAGAGUCAAACAUGCUUCUAAAGCUCUCUGGCCCCGACUACAAGGGUAUGGACCCUACCGUCGCUUUGGCGGAUUUUAAACAACGCGUCAAAUUGUAUGAAAAAUCCUAUGUGCCUCUUGGUGAAUAUGAAGAGAUAAACAGCCUUCCAUACGUCAAAACGAUUGAUGUCUGCCGGAAGGUUGUUUCUUUUGAAGUGAAUGGCUUUCUUUCCUCGCAGGUUGUUUAUUACUUGCUUAACUUCAAUCUAUCCCCGCGACAGAUUUGGAUUUCCCGUCAUGGUGAAAGCUUGGAUGACCGUUCUGGUAAAAUUGGAGGAGACUCACCAUUGAGUGAUACUGGAAUAGCCUAUGCUGAAGCUCUUGCAGGUUUUAUUGGAUGGAAACGCUGUAUGUGGGAGCUUAACCUGCGAAACAAAGCUGAAAAAAGUCAUUUCCCGCCACGCCCUGGAGACAGCACACCUCCAAACCCACAACGCAGUACUUCCCAGGGCAUUGAAGCGCCUCGAAACUUUUGUGUCUGGUCAUCUAUGAUGCAGCGAUCAAUUCAGACUGUGCAGUUCUUCAACGAAGAACAAUAUGAUGUGAAGCAGAUGAGAAUGUUGGAUGAACUGAAUGCCGGCAAAAUGGAAGGCUUGACAUAUGAGCAGAUCCGUGCACAGUACCCAGAAGAGUAUGCUGCACGUCGCCGUGAGAAACUUCACUAUCGCUAUCCUGGUGUUGGUGGUGAAGGAUAUCUGGAUGUCAUCAACCGUUUACGAGCAGUGAUUGUUGAGGUUGAACGCAUGACAGAUCAUGUGUUGCUGGUUGGGCCUCGCUCUGUUGCAAGGAUUCUGCUUGCUUACUUUCUCGGGCUCAAAAGGGAGAUCCUGACUGACUUAGAUGUGCCCCCUGGAACCAUCUAUGCCCUGGAGCCUAAACCCUAUGGUGUGGAGCUCAAUGUCUUCCGGUAUAACGCGAAGACCAACUGGUUUGAAGAGAUGCCCAACUAUGAGCUGAAGCACGAGACCUACUACUAG